GUUUGUGAUUUUUUUUCUAAAGCAGUAGGCCUUGCAUCUUAUUUUUUCUAGUCGUUGACAACACGAAAUUAACCGAAAAUGACCCCCGGAAGAAUCGCCGCCGAAUCUGCGCUGCAACAGGUGCGCCCCCUCCUAUCGAUGGACCACCACGAGGCCCGGCGCAAGGUGCUGAGCCUGUACAAAACGUGGUACCGCGAGGUGCCGGCCAUCAUCCACAGGUACGACAUCCCCAAGUCGCGGGAACAGUGCCGGGCGAAGAUCCGCGAAGAGUUCCUGCGCCACCGGAAGGUGACCGAUUUGCGGGUGAUUGAUAUGCUGCUGAUCAAGGGCCAGAUGGAGCUGCGCGAGACGGUCAACCGGUGGAAGGACAAGAGCCAUCUGAUGCGGUACUGGAAGGAUGGGGUUGAGGCGAAGCCGAAGGAUUUUCUUUCACGGUUCUACGAGGGACACGAUUGAAAUUUUAAUCUAAUUGGUCAUUUUUAUUACAGCAAAAAAAAUUAAAUUAUGCAAUAAAUGUAAUCGAUGUAAAUA